UCCCGCUGUCGCCGCUGUCGCCGUCCCGGUGCCGCUGUCGCCGCCGCGCUCCCGCCGCCGGGAUGAAGCCGGAGGAGGCUCCGUCCUGCCGGGAGCAGGGAACGCCGCUCCCGGGAGCCGGCUCCCCUCCCGCGGUGCCGGUGCGCUGCGCGGGCUGCGGCCGCGGGAUCCGGGACCGGUUCCUGCUGCGGGUGAACGAGCGCUCGUGGCACGAGCGGUGCCUGCGCUGCUCCGAGUGCGGCCGGGGGCUGCGGGGCCGCUGCUUCAGCCGCGAGCGCCGCCUGCUCUGCGGCCCCGACUACGACAGGCUGUUCCCGCGCCGCUGCAGCCGCUGCCUGGGCGCCGUGGGGCGCUCGGAGCGGAUCCUGCGCCUCCCCGGGCGCCUUUUCCACGAGCGCUGCCUGGGCUGCGGCCGCUGCGGGCGCCGCCUGCGCCGCGGGGACGAGUUCGUGCUGCGGGACGGGCGCGUGCUGUGCCGGGGCCACGCCGAGCCCGGCGCCGCGGGGCAGGAUGCAGCCACAGCUGGGAGCGAGGACGAGGAGGGCCGGGAUUCCCGACGCUCCCGGAAUUCCGAGGGGAAGGAUCCCAAACGUUCCAAGCGGCCCCGAACCAUCCUGAGCUCCCAACAGCGCCGCGCCUUCAGAGCCUCCUUCGAGGUCUCCUCCAAACCCUGCCGGAAGGUGCGGGAGACGCUGGCGGCCGAGACAGGGCUGACGGUCCGGGUGGUCCAGGUGUGGUUCCAGAACCAACGAGCCAAGAUGAAGAAGAUCGCCCGCAGGCAGCAGCAGCAGGAGCAGCUCGGGAAUUCCAGAGGGGGAAUUCCAGCAGGGAGAGGAUCCGGGAGGAGCGGCCGGGAUGGGAACGAGGAUGAGGAGGGCCUGCAGCAGAUCCUGGUCCCGUUUUCCCGGAUUCCGGAGCCCAACGGAUUCGGGAGCGAGGCCGGAACGUUCCGGGGAACGGCGCCCCCGGAGCUGCGGCCCUACGACUCUGAGGGAGUUUUCCGGGAGUUGGACGGGGACGCCCUGGGAUCCUUGAUUCCCACGGAGAAUUCCCAGCAGCUGAUCCUCGGGAAUGCCGGAAUUCCCGAAAUGCCGGCGCCCGGGGAUGCCCUGGAGCGCCUGUACCCCGGGAAUCCCAGAAUUCCCGAAAUGCCCGAGCCCGGGAAUCCCAUGGAGCGCCUGUACUCCAUGCAGAGCUCCUACUUCACCUCCUGACAUCCCGGAAUUCCCGAAAAUCCCAGUCCUGGGAAUCCCAAAAAACCGGGGUCGAACCCCUCCAAGAUUCCGCUGGAAUUUGGGAUUUUCCUUCUGCUCCCGUGCCAAUUUUUGGGAAUUUUUGUGGGGGGAUUUUUUUGGGAAUGCUUCUUUUUUUUUCCUUUCUUUUUUUGCA